AUGAAAUAUUUGACGGGGGAAACAGCAGAGGGACUGGGCGACUCUAGGGUUCAUCCGAGCGAUCUGUGUGUCCAGUCCUCUGUGUCAAUCUCUCAGCUCUCCGCCAUGGUUGGAUCUACUCUUCACCAUUGCUUCGUCCUUCGAGUCACCAUUAGUCAAGCUUCCUACUCAGCUCCAGACAUUCAGGCUGCUGCGAGCAGUUCUGCCAACUGGUAUUACCAACCAGGAGCAGCGUUACACUGUGUUGCAGAGGUUGUUUCACCUGCUCGGGGUCUCCGCUCUUACAUGCCAACAAGACGUCAGUUAUACACAGGCAAUCUACGUCCUGUGUUCCUCACUGCUUCCCAGACAACCACUGUUGUUGAGGAAUGUAUCACACUGCUCCGCACCUUGUACAAUGAGUGGACCCAGGUUUUCAACUUGGUGUUAAGUG